GCUUCGUCGAGCGGCAUUUGCAUUGCCAUAACUGCCCAACUAACAACUACGGAGCCCUACCACUCCGUCCGCCUUGGCUUUACCCGGAGAACCACGAAUUACGCCGUCUCGGCGAAGAAUAAAAGCAUGAAGGCCUGCUCGCUCCCACCGACUGGCUGUCUUGAUCUUUCUGCUUUCUCUAAGUAAAUUUUCGUAUUCUAAGCCAAAAUGCUGCUUAAAUCUCUUCUGCCCGCCGCGGCAGCCGUCCACAUGGCUGCUGCGCAGGAGCUUAUGCGCUUCGGAUGCUCCCAGCUUACUAUCGACAGGAUCGAUCCGCUGGUAGAGCCGGGUAAUAUGCCCUCGGCACACAUGCACCAAAUCAUCGGCGGAAAUUCUCUUAACGCUUCCAUGAAACCUGUCGAUCAUGAUCCGCCUAAGGUCUCCACUUGUACUAGUUGUACCUAUUCCGAAGACUUUUCCAACUAUUGGACCGCCAACCUCUAUUUCCGGGCUCGCAACGGCACCUAUAAGAGAGUACCGCAGUUUGCUAACCUAGGACUUAAUGUUAAGGCCGGCAUGACUAUCUAUUACAUUCGUGGUUAUCAGCCGAGUGCUAAAGUGACUGCAUUCCCGCCGGGCUUCCGGAUGCUGGUCGGCGACCCGAUGAACAGACAAGCUAGCACAAUGCAGAAGGGCCUCUGCUACCGGUGUGAAGCUAACCUUGAGCAAAAUCCAUUUGGGGGCGCCCCUUGCACAGGUUCAGACACGCAAGCGUUCCCCAAGGAGCCAUGCGGCGGAGGAUGGCGAGUAUCUGUGCAUUUCCCAUCAUGCUGGGACGGCAAGAACCUAGAUUCGCCUGACCACAAGUCCCAUAUAGCAUACCCUGCUUCGGGGACGUUUGAGAGCGGCGGUGCUUGUCCCUCAACUCACCCGGUCAAGAUCCCGCAGAUCAUGUAUGAGAUCAUGUUCGACACGCGUGCUUUCAACAACAAGGCCGAGUGGCCUGCAGAUGGUUCUCAGCCUUUUGUGUGGAGCAUGAACGACACCACGGGAUACGGCCUGCACGGCGAUUAUCUGUUCGGCUGGAAAGGUGAUGCGCUCCAGAGGGCUAUGGAUGGAAAGUGCUCCGGCGACCGCUGCUCGCCGCUCCAGAGGCAAACGGACCAGGCUGCCAUAGACUGCGUCAAGUCACAAAGUGUCAAGGAAGAUAUUGGUGACGACUGGCUCACCGGUCUCCCUGGCUGGUAGAUUAUCUUUUAUUAAAGAUAUUCGGCCAUAUAUGUGAUGUCGUUCUGCUCGGCGGCAUGAGAAGAAGAGGUAUUGCUGUAUAAGACUGGAAUUAUAUGCGUUACAUAGGUACUUGGUACUUAGAUAACCUACCUAUGUAUUGAAUUGAAGGUGUGGCGUUAUAAUAUGUACAUGCCCGUAGGUUGCAGGUGUGGGUCCAAGCUAGCGGACCGGAAACCUUAUGUUUAAAUUCGGCUUCACAGUGCAAUUCAUUGUUUGUCGGCACCUUCGUCAAUCAUAGGUACCUAGUAUUCAUCUCCCACCUAACUACCUACCUAGGUACCUACCU